GAUAGUGUUGCUAACAUCCCUUCUCACUGUGCCAGUUAGUCAAGAAGCAGCAAUCCAGGAAAGGGGCAGAAAGGAGAACCAGAAGGAGAUGUGUGGAUCUCAUUUUUAAUCUGUGGAUCUGCUCAUUUAUUUAUUUGGGUGGCAGCGGGGGACGCUCCUCCUCUCCAUCCCAUUGUUGUAGAGACAGAGACCUUCUCCAAAACAAGUGGAAGAGCGAGAGAGUGCAAACGUCGGGGAGGGAGUGCAUAGCAACGCGACUCCACCAUGAAGAAGGGCCAGGAACGCCGUGCACAGAAGCCAGUAAUGCCGGACUUGUUAAUGACUCCAAGCGAUCAAGGAGAUGGUGACCUAGAGAUUGAGUAUCCUGAAGACAGAGGGAACUGGACAGGCAAGCUGGACUUCCUCCUGUCCUGUAUCGGCUACUGUGUUGGCUUGGGGAACGUCUGGAGGUUUCCAUACAGGGCUUACACGAAUGGGGGAGGGGCUUUCCUUGUUCCAUAUUUCAUCAUGUUGGCAAUAUGUGGGAUUCCCAUCUUCUUCAUGGAGCUGUCGCUGGGCCAGUUCUCAAGCCUGGGGCCUCUUGCUGUUUGGAAGAUAAGCCCACUCUUUAAAGGUGUUGGCAUGGCCACAAUCCUGAUUGUCUCCUUGGUGGCCAUUUACUAUAACAUGAUCAUUGCCUAUGUUCUCUUCUACCUCUUUGCCUCGCUGACAAACAACUUGCCCUGGCAAUACUGCGGCAACUGGUGGAACACGGACCUGUGCCUCGACCACCAUAUCAUGCGCACAGGGAAUGGUGCUGUCCCUUUCAACAUCUCGAACACAGUCAGCCCAAGUGAGGAAUAUUGGAGUCGUUACGUCCUGCACAUCCAAGAGAGCUCAGGGAUUGGGGAUCCUGGGAGAAUUCGUUGGAAUCUAUGCCUAUGCCUUCUCCUCGCUUGGGUCAUUGUGUACCUCUGUAUUUUAAAGGGAGUCAAAUCCUCUGGCAAGGUUGUAUAUUUCACUGCCACAUUUCCUUACAUCAUCCUGAUCAUGCUCUUAAUUCGUGGUGUGACACUGGAAGGAGCCUGGUUAGGAAUCAAGUUCUAUCUCACACCCCAGUUUGACCUGCUGCUAUCUCCCAAGGUGUGGAUUGAAGCAGCUCUACAGAUCUUCUACUCUCUUGGAGUGGGAUUUGGGGGACUUCUCACCUUUGCAUCAUAUAAUACCUUCCACCAAAAUAUUUACAGGGAUACAUUUAUAGUCACUGUGGGCAAUGCCAUCACCAGUAUCUUGGCUGGCUUUGCCAUUUUCUCUGUUUUGGGCUACAUGUCCCAAGAACUUGAUGUCCCUGUACAAGAAGUAGCCAAAGCAGGUCCGGGCUUGGCAUUUGUGGUGUACCCACAAGCCAUGACAAUGCUUCCUCUUUCUCCUUUCUGGUCUUUCCUUUUUUUCUUCAUGCUGUUGACUCUUGGCCUAGACAGUCAGUUUGCCUUUCUAGAGACCAUCGUCACUGCCGUAACGGAUGAAUUCCCGUAUUACCUGCGGCCAAAGAAGGCAAUUUUCUCAGGCAUCGUUUGCGUCGUGAUGUUCCUGCUGGGGCUCAUUCUCACAACAGAGGGCGGGAUGUAUUGGCUAGUGCUGCUGGAUGACUAUAGUGCUGGGUUUGGACUCAUGGUGGUGGUCAUUACCACCUGCCUGGUGGUGACACGGGUCUAUGGCAUGAAGAGGUUUUGCCGUGAUAUUCACAUGAUGCUGGGUUUCAACCCAGGGAUAUACUUUAAAGCCUGUUGGUUGUUCCUGUCCCCCAUAACAAUGACGGCUCUGCUGGUGUACAGCAUAAUCAAGUAUGAACCGUCAGAGUAUAACGGAAGCUACCGCUUUCCACUUUGGGCCGAGGUCCUGGGCAUCCUGAUGGGGAUCUUCUCCUGUCUGAUGAUCCCUGUGGGGAUGGUUUUCGCUGUGCUCCGAGAGGAAGGGACACUCUGGCAGAGAAUCCAGCAAGCCAGCAGACCAACCAUGGAUUGGGGUCCUUCUCUGGAGGAGAACAGAACUGGCAUGUACGUGGCCACUCUGGCAGGCAGCCAGUCUCCUAAACCUUUGAUGGUCCAUAUGCGAAAAUAUGGAGGGAUAACCAGCUACGAGAACAUAGCCUUUCAGGUAGAUAAAGAGAUUGAAGAGGAUGAAGAAGAGUCCAUGAUGUGAAGAGAUGACCUCCUUGCUCACUCCCUGUGACAGGAUGUGACGAGAAUGUGGGGAGCAUCCCUCUCCCCACCCCAUCUAUUGCACAAAGUUGCACCUCGGCACUUCAGGCAAGUCCCUUUCCAGGCACAGCCAAAUGCUGUUGGCCGCUCAGCAUUGCAGAGCAGUGGUCUCUGCUGAGAAUCCCAGUGUUGUUGAGGUUUCUGUUCAGUGUGGCAAGUUGUGCAAUGAACCUGUGUCUUAGUGCUCUAGUGUCUGGUACAGGCCACCCACCCAUGUUGUCCCUUCCUCCUCUCACCAGUGAUGGUAUCCUCAUGAUCAGGGCCCUGGAUCCCAAAUGCCAGCUUCCACCUGUACAAAUCUCAUCUGCCUUCCUCCUUGGCAUUCACCUAGGUAUUUCCUUGUACUUUUUAGCACACAGACUUCAUGGAACAACUUAGCAUAGCCGUCCUUUCACCAAAGGACGAGCAAUCCCAGAUCUGCCACA